GGGCAACUAGACCAACGACUCACACUCGCACUCGAGUAGCGAAAAGAUGACAAAAAUUGUCUAGACGUUUCAUAUGCUCAGAGUAUAUUUUUCUAUCCGUAAACAAGAUUGCGACAAAAGGUCCAUUAUUUAUUAUUUCCCUGGUAAUUUCUUCCACAAAAGGAAAUAAUCAACAAACAACUAGUUUCCCAUAAAAUCCAAUCACCAAACUCAAGAAAUAACCAACAAAAUGCAAAGUGUCAUCAACACCGUCAAAGGUACGGCCCUCGGAGUCGCUGAAUACUUGACUCCAGUUCUCAAGGAGAGCAAGUUCAGGGAGACGGGAGUUCUGACUCCAGAAGAAUUCGUUGCCGCUGGUGAGCAUUUGGUGCACCACUGCCCUACGUGGCAAUGGGCAGCCGGGGACGAGUCCAAAGCGAAGCCUUAUCUGCCCAAAGAUAAGCAAUUCCUCAUCACACGGAAUGUGGCUUGUUCCCGACGAUGCAAGCAAAUGGAGUAUGUGGGCGAGGAGAUUGUGGUUGAGAAUGAGGGUGGUGAUGGUUGGGUGGAGACACAUCAGCUCAAUGAGGAUGGGGUCGCCGAGUUGGACGAGAAGGUGUGCGAGAUGACUCUGAGUGGCAGGGAUGACGACGACGAGGACAUCCAAGACAUGGACGAGCACUUGAACCAACAACAGAACGACGAUGAUGACGACGACGAUGAUGAAGCUAUCGAUAUGGAGGAAUUCGAGGAGAAUGGAAUGUUGGAGUUGGUUGAUCCAGCCGUAGCUACCAGAAAACCCGAAUCAUCCAAAGCAUCGACUUCGGAUGGACGAGAUAGUGGAGAUGGCGGAGACUCAGUUCUACACACAAGAACCUAUGAUUUGCACAUAACUUAUGACAAGUACUACCAGACCCCACGUCUCUGGGUAGUUGGAUACGAUGAAAAUCGCAAACCUUUGACAGUAGAACAAAUGUACGAAGAUGUUAGCCAAGAUCACGCCAAAAAGACUGUCACCAUGGAGAGCCAUCCGCAUUUGCCCGGACCGAACAUGGCAUCGGUCCAUCCCUGUCGUCAUGCUGACAUCAUGAAGAAGAUUAUCCAAACCGUCGAAGAAGGUGGUGGCCAGUUGGGAGUGCAUCUCUAUUUGAUUAUAUUCCUGAAAUUCGUUCAAACCGUCAUACCCACCAUUGAGUAUGAUUUUACACAGAAUUUUACCAUGUAAGAUCAUAAAAGCCCAUCAGAUGACAUAACUGAGUUAGUUAAGAAA